CGUCACGGGAUGGAGAGCUGCUAUUUAUCUAAUACGCGUGUACACGUGGCUCGUCAUUUAACCUUCCCACCUGAGAAAAGUCACAAUAGAAAUGAACUAAUAAUGUAGAUAAUCGGCCAGUAUGCGACGGCGGUGAUAACGUCUCCUCGCUCUAAUCCGUCGCAGUAAAUCCGAAUAAAGGCGGACCGCUCUGGCCGCUGCGGCGUCGCCCUCCAGCAGCGAGGGGGUGUUGCCUCCGAGUGGCCAUAUUGGAAGCAGCAGCGAUUCUGCGCGCUGCGUGAGGAGAGCAGAGUCCCGCCGAUCGCUCCUCCGUCCCGCACGCAGCCCCUUCUCACGAUGGCGGCCGACGAUGUAGACGUGUUCGCGCAUGAAGAAAAGCGAAUCCUGGAGCUCGGAGGUCAUGUGGGGUUUGACAGUCUUCCGGACCAGUUGGUCAGUAAAUCGGUUGCACGGGGAUUCUGCUUCAACAUCCUCUGCGUAGGUGAGACCGGGAUCGGCAAGUCAACAUUAAUGAACACUCUUUUCAAUACAACAUUUGAAAAUGAGGAAGCCAGCCACUAUCAGAGUGAGGUACAGCUACGCCCACAGACCUAUGAUCUACAGGAGAGCAACGUCAACCUCAAGCUGACCAUUGUGCACACUGUGGGGUUUGGAGACCAGAUCAACAAAGGAGAGAGCCAUAAGCCCAUUCUCGAGUAUAUCGAUGCCCAGUUCGAGAGCUAUCUUGAGGAGGAGCUAAGAAUAAAACGCUCAUUAUUUAACUGCCAUGACACAAGAAUCCACAUCUGCCUGUAUUUCAUCGCUCCCACCGGACACUCCCUGAAGUCUCUCGACCUCGUCACGAUGAAGAAACUGGACAGCAAGGUGAACAUCAUCCCAGUUAUUGCAAAGGCAGACACGGUUUCCAAGAGCGAACUGGACAAAUUGAAGAUUAAGAUUAUGAGCGAGCUGGUCAGUAAUGGAGUACAGAUCUAUCAGUUCCCCACAGAGGAUGAAGCUGUCGCAGAGAUAAACACUUCCAUGAACACUCAUCUUCCGUUUGCUGUGGUUGGGAGUUUGGACGAGGUUAAAGUGGGAAAUAAGAUGGUGAAAGCAAGGCUGUACCCCUGGGGAUCCGUACAGGUGGAGAAUGAAAGCCAUUGUGACUUUGUGAAGCUAAGGGAGAUGCUACUGCGUGUGAACAUGGAGGAUCUCCGGGAGCAAACGCACGCUCGGCACUAUGAGCUCUACCGUCGCUGCAAGCUAGAAGAGAUGGGCUUCAAGGACACGGACCCAGACAGCCAGUCGUUCAGCCUUCAGGACACAUACGAAGCCAAGAGGAAGGAGUUCCUUGUGGAUCUGCAGCACAAAGAGGAAGAAAUGAGACAAAUGUUUGUCAGCAAAGUGAAGGAGACCGAGGCUGAGCUGAAAGAAAAGGAAAAAGAGCUUCAUGAGAGGUUUGAGCAGCUCAAGCGGAUGCACCAGGAAGAAAAGAAGAAUCUGGAGGAGAAGAGACGAGAACUGGAAGAGGAAAUGAACGCCUUCAAUAGGAGAAGGGUCGCAGCUGAGACGCUGAUGGGGCAGGCUCUUCAAGGCUGCUCACAAACACCAUUCAAGAAGGACAAGGACAAGAAGAACUUCUUUAGUCUUCCAUCUGCGUGCUCCUUAACCUCAGGAAGGAAUAUGAAUUAAAGACUUUCUACAACAUCGAAAGAUCCCAGAUUAGCAUCAAGUGUAUUAUUUUUACAAUUUGAAAUAACAAUUUUAUAGAAAUGCACUUAACAUCACUGGAGGUUAUUUUGCCUGAAGACUUCCAUGUCUACUAACCUCCCCUUCAAGCGUCUUAGCAGUGUAGCACAGUCUCUGCAUGACUCCUUAUCUUCAACCCUAAAAGUAUUUAAAAUCAUUGCCAAAAUCUCAGUUUUUGUACUAAAUGUGCUCCCUUAAUUUAUCCGCCAUAUUAUGCUUGUAGUUUUUGACUGAUGAAAAUUUACACUGUGACAUAAAUAUUCAAAAUGACAUAUUGCUGUUAAAUGUUUUUUAUGGAUUACAUAUAUUAUGAUUUAUAAGCACUUUAAAUCUGUCAUGGUACAAAUAUUACCUUUCAUAUUUAAUAAUUCUAAAUGGUGUCCUAUCAUGCAAACAUGUCAACCCUAAUGUUGUCAGAAAUAUCUAUGUAUAAGUAUAUUAUUCAUGGAUGGAGCUAUAUAUAUAUUAUAUCUCCAUCCAUCUCCCUCACAUAUUCAGGAUUAAAUGUCUUUGUCAUUAGAUCUAUAUGGUGGGUUUGUGUGGGACCACUUGCAGAUUUGUACAUCCUAGUGUAAUAAAGACCUUUGAAAACGUG